AUGGAAAGUAGUACAUUUACUGACCAGGAAAAGCUUGACGAAGUAAGAUCUGUUAGCUCGUUGAAAUCUAGAUUUGAAAAGCUGAAUCUACAACAAGAUUCUCAAACUUCAGGAUCAGUUAGUAGUCAUAAUGUGAAUGAGGAUAAUAGGCAAUAUUCCCGUAAUACAUCACUUCCUAAUACGGUAACCGCGAAUCAGAAACCUAAACGACAAUUUCAGAGAGGACCAGCUGUUGCGUUAUCGUCAAGAGAAUCUUCAGCGCAUAGUACUGACGUAGAGUCUGAUGAUCCAUUGAACAGAGAUGGAUUUAAACGAUCAUCUACAAAGCCCAUUCAUUCGUUUUCAAAAUCGUCGAAUUCUUUAUUAGAUGAUAAUCCAUUUGAUGACUCACAAGAAAUUAAUCCUUUUACAGAUGGUAAUGAAUACGCAAAUGAGUUAAUUUCAUCUGAAUCACCUCCUCCCGAAAAGAGCUCAGGAUAUCGACAUGCCCACACAACUAAGGUAAUGCCUAACAAGCCACCACGCAAGCCCGUGAGGACUAGUAAUACACCAUCUUUAACUAGUAAUUCAAAGAAUAUGCGAUACACAGAUGAUGAUAAUCCUGGAUAUGUACCACCAUUACCUUCUAGACCUCCAAAAGCUAAUAAACCAUCACCACCACCACUUCCUCCUAAUCGUCCAGUGUUAACACAUCGUGUGGCCGCUGACGACGAUGAUAAUAACAAUAGAGCUCGCCGCAAGUCACCAAGGAAAAUUCCACGAUCAGAUUCAGAUUCAAAUCUUGUUGAUUCUGCUCAAUCUGACGAUGAAAGACCUGAUGUAUCUAAUGUUAAUCGUAGACCACCUAGUUAUAAGGGAAUUAGAGGGAUUUCCAGUAAGGCUUCUACACGUGCAGUUGCAAUCGGAGGUGAUGUUGUAAUCACAGAUUCUGGUCAUACUCGUGUGUGGACAAUUCUUGAUGGAGAAAAUACAAACACAAUUUCUCAUGACGAUUCAAAAGUGACAUGUUUGUGUUGGCGUCCAGCACAUCGUAUAGAAGAUGUUGGACGUUAUAUAUGGUGUGGUGGUAACGAUGGACAUUUGUUUGCGAUUGAUAUUCGUAGCGAAGAUAAAUAUUUUGAAAUAAACCGAAAAGCUCAUAGUAGUUCUAUAAAUUUUAUAUUACGUUAUGAAACCCAGUCACAUACUCAAUUAUGGACUCUGGACAGUGGAAAAUUAUUAAUAUGGUCAGAAGAUAAUAAUGGAGUCAUUUCACUUAAAUCAACACCGGAACCAUUUCGUAUUGCAUCCAAUCAAACUUGUGCAAUUAUUGUCGAUGAUUAUCUUUGGACAGCUGCAGAAAAAAAAAUUGAAAUUUUUAAUCCUCUUAAUAGACGCGAUACAAUUGUUAAGAAGAUUGAUAUCGGAACGAACAUUGGGAAUAUAACAUGCAUGACACAAACCAAUAAUUCUUCACUUGUUUAUGUCGGACACGAAGAUGGUAGAAUCACAGUAUGGAAUGCCGAAUCAUAUAAACGGGUAGCAUUAAUUCAUGUGUCGGGUUAUAGUAUAACGUCUAUACUUGGUGUUAACGACUAUCUUUGGGUUGGCUUUAAGACUGGCAUGAUAUAUAUAUACAAUGUCACAAAAAGGCCAUGGAUCACCAUAAAAGAUUGGAAAGCCCACGAAUCACCAAUUAUUGAUAUGCAGUUGGAUGAAGAAGGAUUAUGGAGAGUUGGCCGAUUACAGGUUGCAAGCUGUGGUUCUGAAGGGACAAUUAUGAUUUGGGAUGGGUUGAUGGAACAAGAUUGGAUUGCUAAUAAAAUGAAUUUGCGGGAGAGAACUUAUUGUGAAUAUAGGGACAUCAAAAUUUUGAUCUGUUCAUGGAAUAUUGGUGCUUGUAAACCUUCUGAUUUGGAUAAAUCUUCUGAUGGUAUUAAAUUUAUGAGGUUAUGGCUCACAAGUACAAAGUCACCCGACAUUAUUUUUAUCGGGUUUCAAGAAAUUUUUGAUCUCAAAUCAAAAAAAAUGAAUGCAAAAACUAUUAUGUUUACGUCUAAAAAGAAACUUAAAGCGCAAGAGGAGAAUCUUGAAAAACGAUCACAAGAAUGGCGUGAUAAGCUUAUGAAGAUGGUUGAACAUGCAUCAGAUGGCGAUAAAUAUGAAGUUUUUAGUACAGGAAAUCUUUUCGGAUUAUUUUCAUGUUUUUUUAUCAAGAAAACCGAGAGAGAAAGGAUAAGGGAUGUUCACACAGUGAUGCAAAAAACCGGGCUAAAAGGUUUAAAUGGAAAUAAGGGAUCAAUAGCGACACGUUUUAUAUAUGAUGAUUCAUCAUUGUGUUUUGUGAAUUGUCAUUUAGCAGCAGGACAAAAAGAAAUUACGGCUCGAAACACUGAUAUAGCUAGUAUAAUAGAAAAGACCGAAUUUCCGGUUUGUUUCAGGGAAUCAUCAUUGUAUGAUGAUUAUGAGAAUGUGUUUGCACACGGAGGUGAUGGUACUAUGGUCUUUGAUCAUGAAAUUUGUUUUUUAAGUGGAGAUCUUAAUUAUCGAAUCGAAUUGCAACGUGAUGAAGUUCUUGCGGCGAUUAAAAAAGAAGAUUAUGAUUUCCUAUUGGAACAUGAUCAAUUGGUCAAACAGCAAAAAACUAAUCCAACAUUCCGAUUACGAUCUUAUUUAGAAAGCGAACCAAGAUUUGCACCAACAUAUAAAUAUAAUCCAGGUGAAGAUCUGUAUGAUACAUCAGAAAAAUUGCGUAUACCAGCUUGGUGUGAUAGAAUAUUAUAUCGAGGACCAAGGAUAAAACAAGAACAUUAUCAUAGAUAUGAGUGUAAAGUGUCGGACCAUAGACCAAUUAGCUCAUCUUUUAAAUUGGCAAUAAAAGCUAUAAUUAAAGAUAAACAUUCAGAUGCUAAGGAAAAAGUGAUGAAUGAAUGGAAAGAUACGGUCAACAAAGAAAAAUUAAGGCUUGCGGCAAAAUGGUUACAGGGAUGUGGAUUUGACUAUGAAGAGGUCAAUAAAGUAUUAAAAGAAGUACAUGGAAAUCUACGAAAGGCCAUUGAGAUACUGAAUAAAAACAAUG